UGAGCUGUGCCCACAGAUUGCUGCCCCUUCCCGGAGACCAUCAGCCCCACCUGAGCGCAGCCCAGCUUGGGGGGAGACUGAGCGCCAUGGCUCUCGAUGGGUUCAGAGCCGCUGUCUAUCAAGGGAGCCUGACAGACGUGAUUUCUAGUGUGCAGGAGAGAACACCGGAGUCGUUUAACAGCCACACCCUCAACAUCGCCAUCACGGGGGAGUCGGGCUCUGGGAAGUCCUCCCUCAUCAACGCCAUGCGGGGGCUACGUGCUGGUGAUGAAGGCGCUGCUGAAACCGGGAUGCUCGAUACCAUGACAGAGCCGGUGGCUUAUCCAGAUCCCGUCCUCCCAGGCGUCACCCUCUGGGACCUGCCAGGGGUGGGGACAUCCUCUUUCCCUCUAGACAGCUACUGUAAGCAGCUCAGUUUGAGCCGAUUUGAGUUCUACAUCAUCGUCGGCUCUCAACGCUUCCGCUCCGAGCACGCCAGGCUGGCCUGUGAGAUCCAGAGAAUGGGCAAGAGGUUCUACUUUGUGCGCUCCAAAGCCGACAUGGACCUGGAUGCUUCCAGGAGGCAGCGUCCCUCCAGCUACAACGAGGAGAGGAUCCUGGAGCAGAUCAGGGAGGAUUGCAGGAGAGGUGUAGCUGCUGAAGGAGUGGGCCACCCACAGGUUUUUGUUGUGUCCAGCUGGGAACCCAACCACUACGAUUUUCCCCUCCUGCGGCAAACUUUGCAGACGGAGCUGCCGUGCCUGAAGAGACACGCCUUCCUGCUUAGCCUGCCUGCUGUCGCCUCGCCCAUCAUCAACCAGAAAAAAGCCGCCCUGAAGGGGGAGAUUUGGAAAAUAGCCCUUUUCUCAUGUCUUCUCGCUGCCGUUCCUGUCCCAGGUCUCUCUUUCUUGGGCACCUUCGUCAUCUUCAGGAAACACCUGUUCCGAUACUACAGCAACUUCGGCGUGGACAACAGGUCCCUCUCUGCUCUCGCCCGACAGGUUGGGAAGCCCGUGGAGGAGCUGACGGCCGUGAUGACGUCCUUGGGAAUGACCCCCAUGACGGCUCUGAAGCUGUUGUUGGAUUCGGUGGGGGCUGCUGUGAUGGUAAGGGAAUAUUCGUGGAAGCGCCUCCCCGUAUUUGGUGCCAUGGUGUCUGGAGGGGUGGCACUGGUUACCACGUUCUUCAUGCUGCGGAAGUGUUUGGCCUCUGUAGCUGACGACACCCAGCGGGUUCUGAGCAAAGCUCUGGAAGCAGAAAGGGAAAACGCCUUCUAGGAUUUGGUGUUGCAUUGGAUGAGCCUGCUGCUGUCUAGAAGACACAGUCUUGGACUUCAAGCAGGAAAGAUUCAUGCUUCUCCAUCCAGGAGUUGCAUGUGUAGGCCAAAAGCCUAGUUGGAAGAAAUUGUCUCAAGUAAAAUUUUGCUUAUUUUGCCUUAUACUCCAUUUUGCCAGCUUUGAAUUAGUACGAAGAAAUUGUUCUGAGUUUAUUUUUUCCUGAUUGUGUUAACAUUUGUUCUUAGAAGGAUAGACGUUCUAUGGCUGUAACUGCCUUCUUUACUGUUUGGUGUGAGGGAAGAAUGUAUGGUAAUUAAGUGAGAUAGGACAACUGGGCUGGAUGGUCAAGAAGGGAGUGGAGGAGUCAAGAGGAACCAACUUUAUUAUCAAUCCCCGGAUGGCAGAUUGACGACCCUAAACCAAAGGCAUAUACCCCGCGGACGAGAUAAAGAGUUGAGCCAAAGGGACGAGAUAAAAAACAGCUGCGGAUCCUCCCAAUAACAACUCAAAAUAAUGCUAAUUAAGAGCAACCUUGACUACCUCGUGAUUGACAGCUCCAGUGUGACACAGCAAGGUCCAGAGACUUGUAUGGGAACUUAUCACUAUAAAAGGCGGGUGUAUUGCCAUAGGACUUUGGGUUCGUUCAGCAUCAAUAUCGGAGCUUCGAACGCGUUUGACAGAGGCCCAGCUCCCCUCCCUCGUGUGCAGGUUCAGCAGGCCACUGGAACUGACCGAGCAACACUAAGGACUGGUAACUAUAAGAUCCAACUGCAACCUUUGUGUGUGUGUGUGUGUGUGUGUGAGUGUGUGAGAGAGAGAGAGAGAGUGUGUGUGAAUGGAAGCACAUGCUGAUUUUAAUAAUUAAACUGUACUCUCAGGAAAUGUGGCGUAUUGCCUUAUCCCCUUUAAAAGAUUCCAUGUGAUUCCUAUAAGCAUAACACGUGUUCAGUCCCCAUAAGCCAUCUGGGGCGCCGUUGCACACCAGUCAAAGCCCCCAUAAUGAAGGAGACACAUUCAGUGUCAUCUCAACGCUCCUGAGGUUUUACCCCACAAGGAAUGAGGCAGCUUCCUUCUGGACAUUCAUACAACAAAAAUAAAAUUAUACUGAAUCCGGUUCUAUCAACCUAGGACCCGCUGGGCUCCUCCAUCCCUUCGGUAUCUGAGCAUCUUACAAACAUGAAUGGACCAGAUCCCCGCACUGGGGCAAAUCAGCUGUCACUCCAUUGGGGUCAAUGGGGCCAGAUCCCAGCUGGGGUCAAUCGGCCGUCGCUCCAUUGCAGCUUAGAGGCUGAAGGCCUUGUCCUCAUGGGAAAGUUUUUCGGUAUAACCUAAGGUGUGAAUUGAAACCGAUAGAAUGAUCCUGGUGUAACCUCGUGUGUGAACGCUCUCACUCCAGCAGAAGAGUGACUUUUUUUCAGUUUCGUUUAUGGCACUUGGGAGAGGGUUAAGCUGAGUUGGAGAAUGUCACUGUUCUACCAGCACAAGAGCAUCCCUGGGGCAGGGGGUUAGAGCAGCGGAGCCAGUACUCCUGUCCUUUGAAGACAAGGCCUAAAAGCCUCAUUAAAAUCCUGCCCUGUGAAUCUGAUCAGUUGCAUUUAGCUGCAAUGCUGGGGUAGUGGUUUGCUGCGUGGGGUGUUUCAAUCUGACCAGUAUCGUCUGGUUGUUUCCUCGCACUAUUUCUUGGCCUGUUUGUUGAAUCUACCUAUUGCCAAUAGUCUUACACUUAGAGUGAAAGCGCUUCUGGGAGGGCCUGUCUUUUUGUUAUAUCUUCGUACAGCACCUGGCACAAUGGGGCUCUGGUUUCUAUUUGCUACUGUAAUACAAACAACUCACAAUGAUUGGCCGGGUACCGUGUGCCAUCGCUGUAUCAACAGGCUGACAGUCAGUAUCGAUUCUAAUCACAGCGUCUUGCCAUCAUGCGACGCUUUAUUGACUCAUUCACUCCCUGCCGCAGAUUAUGUUUAACGUAAUAACGCCGUUAGAUUCCACCCCCGCCAGCCAGCGCGUAUCCGCAUUUACCUUCAUUCACUAAUCUCGGUAUUUCUUGCCUUUGGGUUGACAGUCACCGCGCUGGUUUAAUAAAGGUGCAUUAAACACACACCGCUGCCUGCAGCUUCUUGGGCAUCUCUCUGGCUUGAGAUACAGGGAUCUCGCUAGUAUCCACAGUCGCGCUCAGCAGGGGAAAGAGCCCUCAGUAUCACAGCCAUACGCAGCUGGGAACGUGCACCCAUCACUAGAGCCUGCAAAUCCGUAGGGAUCCGCUGUAUACCUUGGACCAUUUUUGCGAUACCCGGGUGGAGGCUGUGACGCACUGGGAAUGUUCUUAAUGUUUUCUCUGAAUACUGUGUGGGUGCCUCAGUUUCCCCUAUGCCUUUCUUAAAUAUCUAGGUGGUGGGAUAAGGAUGUAUGGUUGCAGCAGAUCAAAGGGCCAGUGUACCUAAAUGCCCGACACUCUGUCUCCUAGCAGCUGAUGGCCUGGGCCCCUCUUCUGCAAAGGUGCCAACUGAAGGUGUUGGAGACAAAGAGAUCAGGUGACCUCCUGGCCCGGGGAAAGAGACAAAGCUCAGAGAAGGAGGGGUUGGAGGGGGUUUCAGGGUUGGAGCUAGCUGGGGACGAGGAGUGAGAGCAGACGUGGAUGUCUGGCUCUCUGAACCCCAUAAUGGACCCAGCCGAGGGGUCCCGUUCGCUGCUGUACCUACAAGCUCUGUUUUAGACCGUGUUCCUGCCAUCUAAUAAACCUCUGUUUUACUG